AUUAUUUCGCAAUUCGUAUUAGACGACACGUGGAAGCAAGAAAGACGCCAUUUUGAAGGUUCGUUGUCAUCAUGAGCUUCGAUAGCAGCCGAGGGCCACCUCAAAUUGAGGGAAUGACUAGUCUAAAAGUCGACAACCUCACUUAUCGUACAACCACGGGUGAUUUGACCAAGGUAUUCUCGAAAUACGGCGAACUCGGUGACGUUUACAUCCCGCGCGAUCGCUACAAACAAGAAUCCCGAGGGUUUGCUUUUGUCAGAUUCCACGAGAAACGCGAUGCUGAAGACGCAAUGGAUUCCUUACAUGGAACAAUCAUCGAUGGACGAGAAAUCCGAGUGCAGAUGGCAAAAUACGGAAGACCCUCAGAAUCUUACAAGCCGCGUAAUCGUUACAGAAACUCGAACUACGGCGGCUCACGAUAUCGUUCACGUUCACGGUCCCCUAGACGCAGGGCACGUCGCUCUCGUUCCAGAUCGCCUCGUUAUCGCCGCUCACGAUCACAUUCGCGCUCACCACGCAGAACUCGUCAAAGUCACUCACGGUCACCAAGGAAACAAGAUAGUCGUUCCCGGUCCAGAAGUCCACGUCGUAGAAGAUCACAUUCGAGAUCACGUUCAAAGUCAGGCUCAAAACCAAGGCAGUCUCGUUCCAGGUCCCAUUCUCGCUCUAAAUCCCUUUCAAGGUCUCCAAAGAAUAUAAAGUCAAGAUCUCAUUCUAGGUCUCCCAAGCAAAGAAGGUCCCCAACUCCUGACCGAGGAAGUCAAGAAGGUGAUGGAGAGAAUGAUGGCCCUUCCCAAAACAACCAGUCGAAUGUCGAUGAUGGAGCAGAAAACAAUGCAGAUGACUAAGCUUUCCAUCCUGGUUUUACUUUGACUGUGGUGCAGUAAUCAGUUUCUUUUAAGUAUUCUCUUCCAGGGUUUGUUGCUGUUCUGGAGAAGGGGAGUAAACUUUUGUUGCAGAGCAUAGAGGGAAUGGAAUGGGCGUUCCUCCGUUUUAGGUAGAGACUCGAGACUUUUAGUAUGCUCAAUUUCUUUUACUCAUCAUUUUUUUACAUUGCUUAAUAGUUGAAUGCCUGUUAAAUACCCCUUUGCAUUGAACUGGAAGUUUUUUGUUCUUGUAUACCUUAGUGAAAAUAUAGCUGUAAGUAUCUAUUUGGUUACAAAAAAAAUCGUAGACACUAUGUACACAGUGGCUCUUAAAGGCUGAAUCCAUCACUCAUAGUUUGCAAAGAAGGGAUAAUCAGGGUUGCUCUGCCCAAAAAUAAUUAUGUUCUUCUUCAGUAGGUCAAAGAUCAUUGAAAUGGUUGGUUAGUAGUUUUGCGAGUGUUGGCUGCCUCAUGAACAGUUUGAAUGGGUUUUACAGAAAUAGUAAACUUUCUCAGCAUUCUUAUUGAAUAACCUCAGUUUUUUCCCCUUAACUGAGUUUGCCAGUUUCACACAAGUAUACUCGAGAGUCAAAUAACAACCGCCUUCUCAGUUUUGUGGUGACCCGCAAUGCUUCAGCUUAAAGGCUUUGAAGUUUUUUUUUUUGAUUGGCUUCAAAAGCUUGUUUUUGUCAAACUGUUCUUGUACAUAUUUGCAGCAUGAAGUAUCGCUGUAUUAUUCAACCUGUAACAGUGAAUUGUUUGUGACUAAAUUGGGCAAAUAGUUUUUAUUAGGUGUGCUGCAUUGUUGCAUUUGGUAGCUUUAUGUGUUGAAACUAACCUUUCUGUUCUUUCAGUCAGCUAGGAAUUUGGAGAAUAGAGACAAUGCAAUCUGUAUCUCAAAAUAGUUUCAUAUUUUUAGCCAAUACAACUAAUAUAAAACAUAAGUUCUAGGGAGUGGAGUAAUACUGCAAGAAAUUCAUGAAUCACACUGUUCUAUCAAGACUUGGUGGAGGUUUCUUUAAGGUGAUUCCUCAGUAUUGCAUUGCGCAACCCUGCUGUGCACGAUUUCUGCUUCAUUAACGUGUGCGGAUGAGCGCAUGCACGUACACAGCAUAAGAGAUUUCCUUCAAGCUAAGCUCGAAAGCGAAAUAAAUGCUCGUUUUCUCUCAAACAAACAUGGUGACCUAUAUUUUUUAUUCCAUAAAUUUGGUCAAAAAAGUAUUCUCUUUAAGUUAUAAAAUUAAAAAAAUUGUUCGGUAGGGAAAAUAGAAAUAGCUUAAAGAUUGCACAAAACCUUUACUUAAGGAUGCAAAUUAAGACCUCGAAAACAACAAUUGGAGGAACCUUUUGAGUCAGCGCCGUUUAGAAUUGUGUGAUUCUCCCAUAAAUUAUAUACUACAUUGUCCCAAGUGCCCAAGACCUUCUGCCCAUUAAGUAUUGCUUUAACAACUUUUGCUUCCAGCUACCCAAAAUUUAACAUGAACUGAUGAAAUAAUGUGCGUUGUUAGGCUUACAUGGGGUAAGAUUGGCCCAUCAUAUCUCUUUAAUGAGCAGGGGUGACAUACGAUAUACUGUUUAGUGUAUUUUUCGAAACAGCACUCCGUAGGGAGUAUUCAAGGGAAGUUUCAAAAAAAUUGUUCAGCAACUUUUAUUUCUGAGGAAUCACCUUAAUAAUGUCAUUCUCCUGAUUUUCCAAAUUUAAACUAUGCACAUGUGCUGUUGUAUUUUUUGUACAGUAGUUAAUUUCUUUGUAUAGCUUGAUUUUGCUUUAGUUUGGUAGGAAACUUGGUUGUGAAUAGUUAACAAAGAUAACCAAGUGGCAUUAGUUGACGUGUUUUGUGUUAUACAAGCAGUAACCAAUACAUAGUCUAGGUUGUGGACAUCCAACAUUUGGCUUAUUGAACAAUUUUCUCACAUGUGUUUGGUUUGAUUGAGAAUAUCAGGGUACGAGUUGCUCCCUCUUUGUGACCUGACAAUGAGAUUUACUUGUCGCUUGUUCAAAUAGUGUACAAGUGCACGUCCUGUAAUAGGACACCUUCGUGCUUCACAAGAGCCAUAAGACUGUGUGAGGUUAAAUGGGGCUGUUUUUGUAUGCAGCCAGGAAAAUAAGUGUUUGCUUAGGCAAAAUUUCCAUCUACAGAAGGUGUCUGUCAGCAGAGUUUCAACUGUACUGUGGUAGUAGCUGUAGCUUGAUUGGUUGCCUUAGAGCAGGGAUGAGAAAAAUCCUGUCAAAUUCACCCUGAGUAUAGCUUUAUCUAGACAAAGAAUGCAGGGUACAUGUACACACUCCUGAUGAUGGGUUUCUGAUCCAAGUAAUUUUCUAGUGUCAAACUAAGGAACUUUGACCUAAAGUUAGUUCAUAUUUGUUAUUUUAUGUACUCAACGUAGAAUGUAUUUGAUUUUAAAUCUAUCAUAUUGGCCUUUCCUGUA